AGUUGCUUACCUGCGGCCUAGCCUCCAAUAAUUUGUUGGUCUAAUUUAAUAAUAAAUAACUUGUCUAGUCCGUCGAAGUGCAACUAGCCAACAUGCCCAUAUACGAGAGCGUGAUGCAGGAGAAGCCGCCCAUCGUCCUGGACAUUGGCACCGCCUACACAAAGCUGGGAUUCGCAGCGGAGGCGUAUCCGCGGAAGAUAAUGCCCACCGAGGUGGUGAUGACCACGACGGGGAUCAGGAAGCGUCUGUUUGACUACGGCACGCCGGAGGAGCUCUACGAUCAGCUGGUGGACUUCCUUCAGACGAUUUUCUUCAAACAUCUGCUGGUUAGUCCCAAGGAGCGGAAGUUCGUGCUGGUGGAGAACGUGUUCGGGCCCACUGUGCUACGUGAAACCUUGGCCCGCGUCCUCUUUGUCCACUUCGACGUCUCCUCCGUGAUGUUCGUGCCCGUGCACCUCAUCGCGCUUUCCACUUUAGCUGUGCCCACCGCCCUGGUGAUAGACAUCGGCUACAGCGAGACCAGCGUCAUGCCCGUCUUCAGCGGGGUGCAGAUAAUGGGCGCCUUCAAGGACCAGAGCUACGGAGGCAAGGCCGUCCACGCGGAGAUCAAGCGCCAACUGGUGGAGACGGGUGUCAAGGAGAGCCUGCUGACUGAGAGCGUGCUGGAGGACAUCAAGGUGCGAACAUGCUUCGUGACCACUAUGGAAAGGGCCCAGGCACGAGCCAAGGGUGGCGAGGACCAGCCGACUCCGGCUCCAGGUGUGGACUACAUCGUCAGCGACAACGAUGCUGUCAUCCAGGUGCCCGGCAGCCUGCGGGAGGCCGUGUACGAGAUCAUGUUCGAGCCAAGCAACGAACGGGACAGCCUGCCGCACCUCAUCCUGCGCUCCAUUCUCGACUGCACGCUGGACGUGAGACGUGCCCUGGUCGAGAGUGUGUUCUUGGUGGGUGGCGGCUCCAUGGUUCAGGGCCUGCUAGCACGACUUCGCCAGGAACUGCACCAUCUGCUCGCGGAGGAUCCGUUCUACGCCGAGCGGUUCCACGGCGAGCUGCAGUUCAAGUUCUUCAAUGCCAUCGGCAAGCAAAACUUCACCGCAUGGCUGGGUGGCGCCUUGUGCGGGGCGACGGAUCUCAUCCAGACACGAUCACUGGUCAAGGAGACGUAUCUGAAGAGCGAGCAUGUCCCCGACUGGAGCAACCUGUGCGACAAUCGGCCGACAGGAUCAUAGAUUGGGAGAGGACCCUAAAUAGGGCGAGAUGAAGCAUGCACUUCACCACUAACGCAUAUUAAUUUAAUCUUGAUUAUAUUGUAUUAUAUAGGCUUAAAGUUAACUGCAAGUAUAAAGUAUAGAAAAUAUAUAAAAAACCAAUUUUUUUGAAGUGCUUA